CCGUGCGUCGUAUCGUGCGCGGUGCGCAGCGCGAUGCGAUUUCGCCUGCGGAGCGGAGCGGACGCACCGAGAUAAAUCGAAACCGACGCCGAGAGAGCCGAGAUCAGAGAGCAACGAUCAGCAGUCACGGUGCGCGGUUCGCUGGACGUGCAAGGGACGCGUCUCGCGUAAUUUAGUAAUGAUCGUGACGGACCGUCGCCGCCGCCGUCGUUGCUCGUGGCAGAAUCGCCCAGAGACGAAGCAGCCGUGAUCCGUGGUCGUCGUUGGCGUUCCGAGGCCCGUGCCGCGAGGGAGCAGAGAGAGGAGGACCGAGGAACAACCGCGUCGUCGUCGUCGCACGCUGCUGCAACGGUCACGGAUGCAUAUGGAGGUGUCCCCGAACCGGCGCUGUCUGAACCAGCUCAACAGCUGAUCGGAGCACGAAGCGGCGGUGAACGGGGCUACUAUCGCACCACCACCCCGCGUUUCGGAGAGAAAUUCGAUUUCGUGUCCGUUGAACGUGAAGAAAAGAAAGGGAAAAUAAAUAAAACAUAAAUAGAGAGAAAAUAGAGCGCGAAUCUCUCCCCUCUCUCUCUCUCCUCCUCUCGCGGAGAGACAGAGACUUGGACAUCCUUGCGCUGUGAAAAAAGGCAAGAGGAUAGAGGAUAGCAGCGAGCAAAGAGCGAAGUGUGUCCCGCUCGCUUGGAUACGCCACCAUGGUGAAAACUUUUCAAGCGUACCUACCUUCCUGUCACCGCACUUAUUCGUGCAUUCACUGCCGUGCUCAUCUCGCCAAUCACGACGAACUCAUCUCUAAGUCCUUCCAGGGCAGUCAAGGUCGUGCCUAUCUCUUUAAUUCCGUGGUGAACGUAGGUUGCGGACCCGCGGAGGAGCGAGUUCUGUUAACUGGGUUACACGCUGUCGCCGAUAUCUAUUGCGAAUGUUGCAAGACCACGUUAGGAUGGAAAUAUGAGCAUGCGUUCGAAUCAAGUCAAAAGUAUAAGGAAGGAAAGUUUAUAAUCGAACUUGCCCACAUGAUCAAGGAGAAUGGAUGGGAAUAAAGAGCGGAGGGGAAUAGAGAGAGACAAGUUCUCCGUGCCUCUCGUCAAACUUUUCCUGACAAUGCCUACAACAUGUUGUUCUAAUUGCAAUGUGCGGCCCCUCUCUAUUCGAACCACCAACGAAAGUCUGUGAUUUCAUUUGUGAUUUAUAAUCUUAGUAAUCUUCGUUUCGGACGAUUCAACAUCGGUUUGCCCUCUGGUCAAAUCGAGCAAGCGAAGAAGGGCGAUCGCAGCGAUCCGCAUUCGCCCAUGUGUGGACACAUUUCACCAAGUAUUGUAAAGAAAAAAUUAUUUUUCAAUGGGAGAAAAGGGUAGAGUAAUAAGACGAUAAUGUCGAGUAAUGGUGGAACAUGAUAACGAUGGUGCCAUGGUGGAGAUGAGGAAGCGAGAUCGCUCGGUACGAGCAAUGGGGUGCCCCCUUCCUAAUUUUGAUCCAUUAUCUUUGUAGACAUUGCGUGGCAUCGUGUGCAUGUCAACACUGAAUGUUAAAAAAUUAAACGUGCGGGGCACCCCGACAAUCAGUUUUCAUCUGUUUUCACGCACCGGAUCAGCGCAAGUGCCACAGACUUUGCCGGACUGAUUGCCUGCCUGCCGCGUCUGUCAUUGGAAUUUCACUGCCGAUAUUCCUAAUAUUAAUUAAGGAAGCUACGUUGUAUCUAGGGACGGCGUAGUGGUAGUCCUAGAACUUAGCGUACAUUAUAGAAUACUAAAGCCUAUAUUACAUUAUUAUAGAGGACCUCGUGGAUAGAGAAAAAUAGGAAUAAAUAAGAAAUAAAUGGAGGCGAGAAGAGCGAAGGAAAAUGAGAGAAGAGGAAGGAAUUUGAGCGAGUGAAUGAGAGAGGCAGGAGCCCGAGGACGGGGAUGAUAUAGAAACAAGUGGUCAAGUUUUCUGUCACAUGUGUGCAUGUUUGGUUUUACGUUCAUCAUGCCUGCCAAACUGUCCGUUUAUCCGUUUGUCUGACAACAGUUGCCACUGUUACUACGGUAGUAUCAUGUUGUAACGAGUUUAUCUUCUUCAUUGGCUGAGUAGGGUGUGUGUGUGUGGGUGUCUGAUGUGAUUCGAUUGAAUUAUUUUCAUUGUGAAAAUCUUGAAGAACCGCGUAUGUACGUGUAUGUAUGUGGAUGUGCGCGUCUUAGGCACGUAAUAUGAUAUGUAUCUGAAAUAUAGAGGAAAGGGGAGGGGAGGGGAGGGGGAGGGUGAGGUGAGGGUGAUUGUUCGUUUCCUAUAAAAUAUCGAUCUCGUUCGUGAAUGUUUUAUAAGAUCCAACUGUGUAUUUACGAGAUUGCUGGUAAUGAUGGUCGCAGUAAAAAGGCCUCCCAUCGAGGAUUAAUUCGAUAUCACCGAAAUAAAAUAGAGAAACGUCUCUCUCUCUCUUUCUCUCUCUUUCUCUCUCUCUCUCUCUCUCUCCGCGAUCGAAUAUCCAUAAUCGAGUUGUCGUUUUCUUAUAUUUACAUUUAAAUGCAUUUCAAAUGCAAUGUAUGGUUCUUGCAUAAAAGAUUCUCUCCUUCGGAGAUUCAUCAUUACAGGCUGGUUAUACUGGGAUCUGUCAUUUUCUCUAUAUUCCUUGACGAGUUCUUCCGUUGCUAUCUUCUUGUUAUGAUUAUCGAAAUGAAACGAGAGUGAAAUUUAUCGGCAAUUAUUAUAUUUAAUGGCAUUUGCACUUAUGCUAUUGGGGAAAAUCAGAUAAGCACAAGUCGCGUUUCUCUUUCCUUCCUCCCUGCCUCUUCCUUUUCCUCUCUCCUUUCUCUCUCUCUCUCUCUCUCUGUGCAUGAUACUUAACGAUUAAACUCGUAUAUAAAUUGUUGUGUUUAAUCGAUUUUUUGCAUAGAAAAUUGUUUCUCUUUCACGUGUUAUAUUAUUAACAGGAAGAUAGCGUUGUUGCGUUUAUCCUAUUUUAAGCGAUAAUCCGUUUAUAUAUAUUGUACGAAAUGCUUUGUACGAUAUAUCAAUGCUGCUCCCAUCCCCAGCAAAACACCAAGUAACAAUUAUACAAUUGUUAGUUAUAAUUUCCCACUCGGCAAUAUAAUUGUUACUUAACACA